ACACGCUCCGCUGCCAUGACGACGGGCCCCUUGCGGCCGCCUGUCAGACAGGACGUCAGUUCGCAGUGGGACAUGAUGCAGUUCACGCCGCUCGGCCGGAUGCUGUUCUUCCAUUCCUUUCUGUCCCCCUGUGUAGGUGUCCUGUCCCCAGCCUGUCUCCAGCUCAGCCCGGACACUUCUCAGUUCUUCAUGUACGACCGCGUCUCCCUGAACUGUGAGGAUCCGACCAACUCCAGCAGCUGGACGGUGAGGAGGAGAACCUCGGAGGGCGGAGUCAGGCCCUGCUCCUCCGGUUGGGGCUCCACCUCCUCAGAGUCCACCUGCAGCAUCGGAAACCUCUACCCGUCCGACAGCGGCCUCUACUGGUGUGAGUCUGCAGGCGGCGAGGGGAGCAGCAGCGUCAACAUCACCGUCACUGACCGCUCUGUGAUUCUGGAAAGUCCGGCGCUCCCGGUGUCGGAGGGGGCGGCUGUGACGCUGCGCUGCAAAGAGACGUUGUCCCACGACCACGUCUUUAACUUCUUCAAAGAUGGCCUCCACAUCGGCAGCAGCUCCUCAGGGGAGAUGAGCAUCUCCAGUGUUUCCAGAUCUGAUGAAGGUCUCUACAAGUGCAGCAUCUCUGGAGGAGACGAAUCCUUAUCCAGCUGGGUGACCGUCCACGCUUCAUGUCCACCUUCGUCCUCAUGUCCGCCUGCAGCUGUAAAUCCACCGUCUGCCUUCAGGCUGAUGUUUCACCUCCUGGUGGGAACGCCUUACCUGCUGGCCACCAUCUUACUGGCAAUCAUACACAGAGACAGGAAGAGAGAGAAACUUCUAAACUGAUGUUUGUUGGUGCAGCAGCUCGGACACUUGCAGAGAGAAGAAGCAGCAAUGAUGUCAUCAUGGAAACCCCGGCAUAGCCUGGAAACAAGUGGCCAAGAAAUUCUGCUCCACACGAGAACCUUGGUGGGAGAGUCAGUCCCGAUCAGUUGAUGUUUAUCUGCAGGGAUGUGUGAGUGAGGGGUCCGCACAGAUUGUGGGUCGGCGGUGGUGAGAUCCAAUUAAAAGUAGGUGAGUGUCAUUUCUCAGAAGCUAAGAGAGGAUGUUGUGGGAUUUGAAAUCCCACAAACAGGCCGACAGUCAAAAUAAAACCACAUUGAAUUUGAACAGAAGUAAAACGUGUGACCGCACUGGAAACAGGAGCAGCUCUGUGGCUCCACUGACCUAGAUGUUGUGUUUUGUAUCGUGGUUGGAAACCGACUGAAGUCUCUGUUCUAUAACUGAAAUAAACCAAAGUGAACUGAG